AUGGUGCUUCCUUUCGCCUUAGUUGACAAUGGUGAAACUGGAUCAACCUCAUUUGUGCAACUGAGCAAGCACGGCAAUGGAACUCAUACAGAACAAUGGAUCUCAGUCAUUUUAAAGUUUUUCGAGAAUGGUCAAAUUGGAUUACAAUGUCUUUACCUGCGAUAUUUUAAAGAGUCCAAAUCAAGACCAAUAAACCCGAAUGCAACUGAACCUGUCGUUCAAACACAAGUCAAUGAAUUAUUUACAUUAAUUGAUACAGCUAAGUCGAGACUUCAUAGAUAUGAUACUGGCAAUCAUUAUAUAUCCAGACAUACAUUAGAUUGA